UUCGCUCCAUGCCCCGCCCCGCUCGGUCCGCAGGCGCGGCGCGGCCCGGCCAUGCCGGCCAAGAGGAAGCCGGUGCUGCCGGCCCUCACCAUCACUCCCAGCCCAGUCGAAGGACCCGGACCCGGACUCGGUGGUUCCGCAGAGGCUAACCUGGUGGACCUUCAGAAGAAGCUCGAGGAGCUGGAGCUGGAUGAGCAGCAAAAGAAGCGCUUGGAAGCUUUCCUCACUCAGAAAGCCAAAGUGGGAGAGCUGAAGGAUGACGACUUUGAGCGGAUCUCUGAGCUGGGGGCUGGCAAUGGUGGUGUGGUCACCAAAGUGCAACACAAACCCUCAGGGCUCAUUAUGGCACGGAAGCUGAUUCAUCUAGAAAUCAAACCAGCCAUCAGGAAUCAGAUUAUCCGAGAGCUGCAGGUGCUGCAUGAGUGUAAUUCCCCAUAUAUUGUGGGUUUCUAUGGAGCCUUCUACAGCGAUGGAGAGAUUUCCAUCUGCAUGGAGCACAUGGACGGUGGCUCCCUGGAUCAAGUGUUGAAAGAAGCCAAAAGAAUUCCUGAAGAAAUACUGGGGAAAGUCAGUAUAGCGGUUCUGAGAGGUUUGGCCUACCUGAGAGAGAAGCACCAAAUCAUGCACAGAGAUGUGAAGCCUUCCAACAUCCUGGUUAACUCUCGAGGAGAGAUUAAGCUGUGUGAUUUUGGGGUCAGUGGUCAGCUCAUUGACUCCAUGGCAAACUCUUUUGUGGGAACUCGGUCCUACAUGUCUCCUGAGCGAUUGCAGGGCACUCAUUACUCAGUCCAGUCCGACAUCUGGAGCAUGGGUCUGUCACUGGUGGAGCUUUCUAUUGGAAGGUACCCAAUACCCCCACCAGACUCCAAGGAACUGGAAGCAAUAUUUGGCCGUCCUGUGGUGGAUGGGGCAGAGGGAGAAUCUCACAGCGUCUCGCCGCGGGCCAGACCCCCAGGACGCCCCAUCAGUGGCCAUGGAAUGGACAACCGACCUGCAAUGGCCAUUUUUGAACUGCUGGACUAUAUAGUUAAUGAGCCACCUCCCAAGUUGCCAAAUGGAGUUUUCACGCAAGAUUUCCAGGAGUUUGUAAAUAAAUGCUUAAUUAAGAAUCCAGCGGAACGGGCAGAUUUGAAGAUGCUGAUGAAUCACACCUUCAUCAAGCGUUCUGAAGUGGAGGAGGUGGAUUUUGCCGGCUGGCUCUGCAAAACAUUGAGGUUAAACCAGCCCAGCACACCCACCCGUGCUGCCGUGUGAUGGCCGAGCCGACCGCCUGGCGCCUAUCCUCUUCUGAUUUCUCCUGCUCAGCUUUAAUUCCUGUGUGCCCACCAGCAGCUCCUCCUGGAACAGAUCCCCCACUUAUCCUGGCACCAGGCUGCCCUGUCCCAGCAGGAUGGAUGUGAGCUCUGAGGAAGGCACUGUGCCAUAAAUCCUGCUCUGGGGUUGCUGGAUGCUGAGUUAUUCAUUAUAGAAUGAGGCUGAGCUUAGCUGGGAGCCCUGAGCUCAUCCAACCUCGGGGUAUACUUAAAAAAUAACAUUUUCUCAGAAGCCUGCAUCCCCUCAACCUCUGCAGAAACCCCAUCAGUGUGGAGCUGUGGGGUUUGGAGGACCUCUAUGGCUGGGCAUGGCGUCUGGCACCUCUUGUGGGUGGCAUUGGUUUGCUCCCAUCUUCAGGAGAGAUUUGGGGGCUCAGGGCUGGCUUUAGGGCAUCCUAGUGUACCCCCAGCCUAUCUCAGCGUUCUUUGGGUGCUGUAGAGGCUGCCCAGUGUGCCCUAGAGGCAUCUUGGUGCAUCCUACUGGCUCUGAGGUACCCUAUGUGCUAUGCUGUGUAUUCUAUCAAAUGCUCAGAGCAACUCGGUGUGAAUUAAAAUGCAGGCACUCUCAUGGCCUCGUAUCGCCCAUUUCCCCCUAGGCAACCGUGGCUGGACUCCUCAUUCUGUGCUUCUGCUCAGGAUGAUGCUGUGGUGAUGAGUUGGUGAGCAUCCCCCUCCUGUCCCCCCUCUGUCACCUCAAUUUGGCACACCUGGCCUCA